CCAUAAACUAGCAAAGUCUUCGUGUCAUAUACUACUACCCAGCGUGAAUGGUAGACUGGAAUUUGACAAAGACGUGCGCUUGUCGUAGAGAAACGUGUUUCACAGAAUCCGCCGGCUAUCUAUCAUUGAAGUGAACAGAGUCUAAAUUAUCACUGAAGCAUAGAGCCGCUCUAGCAAAGAUGCAAGCUUCUAGCAGCAGCAGCAGCAGGAUCCAUGGUAAGAGGUGGAACCUACGUCUAACAGGCAGGAAGAGGGGAAGUUUAGUAGGAUUGGAGCAAGCUAGACGAGGCAAGGUAAAAGGGCAUGGAAGAAGCACUUCGUUCAUGGUUCACUGUAGCCUGGGAGAAGACAGGCAUUUUCACAGGGGGCAUUAUCUCUACGACAUUGCCGAUUUUUCGGCCGCGGAGCAGCACGAGCAGCUUGUGUUAGGAGCACCACCUCGACCCCGACGAAUCAUUCUGGUACGCCAUGGCCAAAGUGAAGGCAACAUUGAUGAAGGUGCUUACACUCGGAUUCCAGACUCCAAGAUAUCUCUCACCGAGGCUGGAUGGAGGCAGGCCAUAGAAUGUGGGAAAAGGAUAAGAACUCUAGUCGAGAGUGAUGGUGCUCCAGACUGGAAGGUUUACUUCUAUGUUUCCCCGUAUCGUCGAAGUUUGCAGACGCUCAAAGCGAUUGGAAUGGCAUUCGAGCGAGAGAGAAUUGCAGGUGUCCGAGAAGAACCGAGGCUCCGUGAGCAGGAUUUUGGAAACUUUCAAGACCAGGAGCGAAUGCGAGUUGAAAAAGAAAUCCGGCUGCGUUAUGGUCGAUUCUUCUACAGGUUUCCAAAUGGAGAAUCUGCAGCAGAUGUCUACGAUCGUAUCACAGGAUUCAGGGAAACUUUGAGAGCAGACAUUGACAUUGGUCGUUUCCAAAGACCCGAGGACAGGUCAAAAAACGUGAACUUGGUUCUCGUGUCACACGGUCUUACUUUGCGGGUCUUCCUGAUGAGAUGGUACAAGUGGACGGUGGAGCAAUUCGAAGGUUUAUGGAACUUUGGCAACACGGGAACCAUGGUGAUGGAAACCGGGCCUGGAGGACGGUAUAGCUUGCUUGUUCAUCACACACGAGAGGAACUUAAAGCUUUUGGGAUGACAGAGUGCAUGAUUGAUGAUCAAGAAUGGCAAAAGUAUGCCAAGCCUGGGGAGCUCAACUACGACUGGCUCACGUCCGGAUCAAACUUUUUCAGCCAUUUUGAUUCCGACAAGGACGAGCUCUCCCAAAUGCCUUCCGAGAUAAAGAAUGCCUCGUCAAUGAGAGAUUUCUUCCAGCCGGAACCUCCUGUCGGCUGGCGAAGUUGAGAACCAAAAUCCUUUCUUCGUGAGAGCUACAAGAGCUACGUGUAAAAUAUACAGCAGCGAACUUGGUUCUUUUGGGAAGAACCAAAAAAUGAGAAAGACAACAAAAUUCUUGUUUCGCUA